UUUGGGUACUAUACUUUCGUCCGUCCGUUUCCCCAGGCAGGGCUAGGCUAGCCUCGAUUCGGUAACCAGCUCGACGGCACCGCAGACUAGUCCGGAUUCGGCAGCGGCGAAGAUUACAAAGCAGUGGCAGUGGGCGUCGCAAUCUGUGGUAGGAUACUCUGCAGAAUCAAAGCCUUCGAACCAUCUUGUUGCGUUAGCAAAUGCUACUAUGCGCGACGUAACAUGGUCUACCGUGGCAAGCCCAGCAAAGCGUGCUCGGAAUGUCGAGUCAAACGAAGAAAGUGCGACUUUUCACGACCAGCAUGUCGCCAAUGUCUCAGGGCCGGUGCUAGAUGCGACGGAUACCGGGAUGUUGAGAGCUAUGUGACAUUCCGAGAUCAGACUGUCGAGACGGUGGGCAAAAUCUUCUCCCCGGCUCCCGGGAACAGCACGCUCCGUGCUUCACUCCCUGACAAUGAGCGGAUCUCUGCAUUAUCCCAUGGAGUCCGCAAGGCCGACCAUGACCCUUGGCCCACAGUCACGGUUCCACCGGAAGAUCAGGCGCUGCAUUUCUUCUUCCACCAUUACGUGGUGCACGAGCCUGGGCGACCUCCAAGCCACCCGGACUGUCUCGGCAUCAUCUACAAGCGAGCAACCGGGCCGGGAUACCUGGCUAAUCUCAUUGUCGCCGUGGGGCUGGCCAGUCUGGCGCAUGUGCGGAAUGCACCCAUGCUGGGUCAUGCCGCGAGCCGGGCGGUUUCUCGCGCUCUUCGUGAUAUGCGUGCGGCGCUAGCGGACCCCAGCAGCGCAGCAUCCGACCAGAUGCUGGUUGCCGUAAUACUUUUGGCCUUGUUCGAGACUGUCACUCCGGAUGGUGAUAGCAAUGUGGGCUCAUGGGACCGGCAUGUCAACGGUGCCGUAGCAUUGAUACACCUCCGAGGCGUCGGCCAGCUACGCAACAGGAUCGGUCGAGGCAUCUUUCUCCACGCGCGUACUGAGAUCCUCAUAAAUUGCCUCCAGCGCGGGCUACGGGUACCAGCCAUGUUGCUCAAGAUGAUGCAGGAAGCCAGACACUAUGCGACAGAGCACGAAGCCCCCGCCUCCCAACUCGCAGAGCUCGUUGCCGAUGCGUGCGCCGUUUUGGCCUCCUGCAAGGAAGGUAGCAUGGACGCGCUGAAUUUAUUUCGUUGUGUCUCCGCAAUCCUGGCAGUUGAUACAGACCUGGAGCGUUGGCCCGAAACCCUCCCGGCAGAGUACGAGUAUACGACCUGCACCCGCCAAAGCGACGUGCAGGACGCAGGGGUGUGUCGGCUGGGCCGGUAUGAUGCGUACACCAGCGUCGACGUCGCCCACACAUGGAAUCUGCAGCGCUGCGCGCGCAUCCUCCUCCACCAGGCAGUUGUCGAGGUGUUGCAACAGUUACUUCACCAGCAGCCGUCUUCCUUGUCAGCAUUGCAGCCCUUACCCAAGCCAUGCGGACACCUCCUCGAUAUUUCUAGCACGCUAAUCGAGGAGCUCUCCAAGGAUAUAUGCUAUAGCGUUCAAUAUUUCCUUGCCCGCGAAAAGGCAGGCAAACCGCGGGAUCUACGCGCUGCUUCCAUUAUGCCUCUGCUGUGGCCGCUCUAUCUUGCAGGGACAUCCCACAGUUGCAGUGAUGCUUUGCACGAUUGGGUCAUACAGAAGAUGAAAGCCAUCGAAGAAAUCUCUGGGAUCCAACGAGCGAAGCUUAUGGCUGCGGAAAUCAGACGCCGGUCUCCGUCGUCCGUCUUAAGUGAUUAUCAGUCUAUAAGCAAUGCAGUUUGUAGUAUAGACUAUUCAUGA